GGCUGGAGAGAGAAAAGAAAUGUUUGUCUGCAGCAGUAAGGCUGACACAGCAUGCCGUACUUUAAGGAUGAGUGGAUGAAACAGCACGACCCCAGCAGAAGCCUGCACUGCCAGCGAGGCAGCUACAAAAGCUCUUACACAAACAGCUCUCAUCUCUUCAGCCCCACAGAGGAACACCAAGGAUAAAGACACAGAUCCACGGCAAUCUUGUUGAUCAUGCGACAUUACAGAUUGAUUCUGAGGACCAUGACUUUCCUGAUCAUCCUGCAGGGGGCAGCAAUGGUGCUCUUUUACGGAUGGUAUGUCCAGCACAAGCCCAGCACUGUCACAGAGUCCAACAACAAAGUUCACGUGUUGGUGCUCACGUCGUGGCGAUCAGGUUCCUCUUUCCUGGGUCAGGUGUUCGGCCAACACCCGUCGGUGUUCUAUCUCAUGGAACCUGGGUGGCACGUGUGGACACAAUUGAGGGUUGGUGCACGGAAAGCCCGGAUGGCUGUAAGGGAUCUGUUACGAAGCCUAUUCCAGUGUGACUUCUCAGUAAUGGAGUCUUACCUGGAACAGAAGUCUCGCAUCUCCAACUUGUUCAUGUGGAGUCACAGUCGAGCGCUGUGCUCGCCUCCAGCCUGCUCUCUCACACCGCGCAACCAAAUAAGCAACCAGACUGAGUGCCUCAAAGUGUGUGGCACUCAGGGCCUGGAGGGGGCGCAGGAUGCCUGCAGCACUUACAGCCAUGUGGUGUUGAAAGAAGUACGAUUCUUUGAGCUGGAAUCCCUCUACCCACUUCUCCAGGACCCAAGUCUAGACCUUCGCAUCAUCCACUUGGUUCGAGACCCAAGGGCAGUGGUGCGGUCCAGAGAGAUAUUAUUUGGCUACUUUCUCGCUGAUAAUGACGUGGUCCUGGAGCAGAGAAAAGUCCCAGCGAAGGAGGUGGAUUAUGAAGUCAUGCAGAAGAUCUGUAGUAGCCACGUGCACAUCACUGAGAGAGCUCUUGUGAAUCCCCCUCCCUUUCUUGAAGGCCGUUACAAGUUGGUUCGCUAUGAGGAUGUGGUGAUUAACCCACUGGAAGAGAUAAAUGCCUUGUAUGAGUUUGUUGGUCUGGGGAUGACCAGCACACUGGCAGACUGGAUCUACAGGGUGACACAUGGCAAAAGUAAAGGCUCUUGGAAUGAAGCCUUCCAAAUUACUUCCCGAAGUGCUGCAGAUGUUUCUCAGGCCUGGCGCACCACUUUACCAUACAACAAGGUGAAACGGAUCCAAGACGUGUGUAAGCCAGCCAUGACAUUGCUCGGCUACAGAACAGUUAACAGUGAAAAAGAGCAAAAGAACCUUGACUUGGAUCUGCUGGUGCCACAGGAACCAUAUCACUGGUUACCAGCAAAAACAGAGAACCCCAAUAAGCUGUAAAGUCUGAACCCGACUUCAGAAGGUCACACGUGCUGGUCUUAUGCUCACGUUCCUCUGUAGACUGACUCAGCCGAGGGAACACUGUCGCCCUCUUAAAACUGUCAAAACCGAUUAAUGGCCACUGAAUUCGUUUUUCUUAAUGCAGCCCAAAAUCACAGCAUGACUUCAGAUUGUGCACAACAUGUGACGCCCUCUGUGUCGAGACUUCACCGGGUUCAGAGAACUCCAUGGACAGGCACCAGGCUGCAGCUCAGGGUUACGGACCUCCUUGUGAUGUCCAUCACAGACCAUCAUAAUGACCUCACACUGGACAUGUCUUUUAACAGACGGAGAGACGAAGAUGUCGGGAAGAAUGCUGCAGGAACAGGUUUCAGGAAAGGACACAGAACAAAAGAACAAACACUGGUGGUGUGAAAGGAUUAAAUUAGACUGAACAUCCUCAUCAGCAGAGUCCUCUGCUGUAUUAAUACAGACUAAAGUCUGAAAUCCAAACCCAUCAGGACUAACGAGAAAUGUCAGCGGUAGAAGAGACAACAGGUAAUGUUAAAGGGAACAUGUGUGUUUUUAAAUCUGGAUUUAAAGAACAGAAUUAGUCUCAUUAGUUUCAGAGGGUGUGAGGAUCUGACACUGACAAGAAGUUCAGUGAUUUUCAUUCAGAGAAAUCUGAUUAGAUUUCUUACAUUACAUUCAGAUUAUCUACAAAUGAGCGCGCCAAACACAUAUAUGGGGAAUUUUUUUUUUUUUGUGCCAUGUUGUGCAUCAUUCGUAAGUCUGCAGGAACACAAACACAUGAACUAUUUUUAUUGUUGGGUUGUCCACUGUUUGGGGACGGGGUGUAUUUGGGUGCUGUGAGGACCUGGUGUGGACUGUUUUGACACCAGCUGUUGGUGUUUUGGUGGUUCUAUGUUCAUUUUCCUUCUUAUAUAUAAUGACUUAAAAAUUGACAUGAACCUCAACAUUUCAGGAACUUCACUUACUGCUCCUCCGUCAAGUUUGGAGGCUGGAAUAUUGAAGAUAUGCGGUGCUCCGGAGACUGUCUGAGAGUUGCUAUAUUAAUUGUCAGAUCUCUUCCAUUUUUAUCUUCCAGAGUCAUAUCAUAUAAAACUGGCAGAUAUAUAAUUCUCUCAAACACACUGUGUCAUCAGCCUGUAUUAUUAUUUCAUUGUCCAUAAUUUUGACAACCCACAUAUGAUGAACCUCUUUCAAUGUCUCACUUCAGUGGACAAUCAUUUCCUGAUAUUUGGAGACUGUAAACACUGGUAGGUGAUCAGUGAUGUCAUUGAUUAAUAACCCACUCACUGUAUUCUUCUCAAUGUCAUUGGUGAAAAUGUUAUUGAUUAAGGUGGCAGAACAGGGUGUGAUUCUGCUGGGUCGAGGGAUUUUUGGGUAGAAGCUCAGACUGUACAUUGUGUUAAUAAACUCAUCAAUCAUU